GGCAGAUGAAAUCCUGACAGCAGUCCCCUGUCACGCCCCACCAACAUCGGGAAAAAAUACAGUCUCCGAAAAAAUGGCAAGCAUAAGCAUCAGGAAUAUGUUUAACUACCAUUAUGUUACGGCGCAGCAACUUGCUGGCUUCGACAAAUACAAGUACAGUGCAGUGGAUACCAACCCGUUAUCAGUGUAUGUCAUGCAGCAUCUGUGGAACAAGUUGGUCAAGGUAGUGCCCUUGUGGAUUGCUCCGAAUUUAUUAACAUUUACUGGCUUUUUGCUCAUUUUAAUAAACUACCUCCUGCUGUCAUUUUAUGACUGGAAUUACAAAGCAUCAGCUCCGGGUUCCCAGCAUAUUCCAGACUGGGUGUGGAGUGUGUCUGGCUUUGCCACAUUCUCUGCGUACGCUUUAGACUCAAUCGAUGGCAAACACGCCCGGCGAACCCUGUCCAGCAGCCCCCUGGGGGAGCUGUUCGAUCACGGGCUGGACAGCUGGGCCACGUCCCUCUUCACCCUGUCCCUCUUCUCCGUGUUCGGCAUCAGCGCGGAGACGGCCGUGUCGGCGUACACCCUCUACGGCGUGCUGUGCGUCAUCCUGCUCACCUUCACCAUCUCCCACUGGGAGAAGUACAACACCGGCAUCCUCUUCCUGCCCUGGGGGUACGACAUCAGCCAGGUGACAUUAACAGCUGUGUAUCUUCUGACGGCAGUAGUCGGGGUAGAAGCCUGGCAUAAGCCUUUGCCCUUCGGUUAUUUCUUUACGGAUAUUUUAAUAGCCAUGGUCAUAGGUUGCAGUGCCUUCCUCUCCCUGCCACAGACACUCUAUAACAUCUAUCUGGCACACCAUAGAGGAACGCUCCUGCGGACCUCGCUGUACGAAGGUCUCCUGCCCCUGCUGUCCCCCUGCCUCCUUUUCGCCCUCCUCACCGCCUGGGCGGCGUCCUCCCCCAGCGACAUCCUCACCCAUAACACCAGGCUCUUCCUCUGGAUGACCGGAGUCGCCUUCUCUAACGUCACAUGCAGACUCAUCAUUUGCCAGAUGACAAACACAAGGUCUGAGGCUUUCCAUUGGUUACUGCUUCCAUUAGCCAUAAUCACUGGUGGAAUAGCAACAGGAACGCUGGCACAGUGCGAGUUCCUCUGUCUCCUGGUCUACAGUGUCCUAGUGACGACGGCCCAUAUUCACUACGGGGUCUGCGUGGGGAAACAACUGAGCGAACACUUGAAUAUUUAUGUCUUCGCUCUGGGUAAACGGCAUCAGGACUGAGUUCAUGGACCCACACAAGCACCGAAGAUUUCAAUCACACUCAACCGCUACAAACCGGAUACAAUAAUACUGUAUUUCAAAGACCAAAGGGCAUGGGAUGGGGCCGGUUUUACAAAUUGUGUCUGAAGAAAGUGUAGCAGCUUCUCAGGUAAGCAAUCAAGAAGACAAAACAGUUAACUUGUGAACAGGCAUCUACACUUUUUAUGCCUAGAAAUAACACUCUGGGAAAUAUUUAAACACAUAAGAAUAUGAUACUGGUUACUAUGUGUGAUACUACUAAUGAUAAUAAUUGGUACUGAUAAAUAUCUCAUAGAUAUGAAAUAUUAGAUGAUAACUAUUUGGACUACAGAGAAAAUACUGAUCAACUGAAUCUCACCAUUUAUAGAAUGCCACUGAAAGCAACAUACUUGAGUGAACACAAAAAAGGCUGAAUUUUUAAAAAGAAAAUUUAUGCAUGGCUGCUAACUUCCUUAUUAAGGGAACUCUACAUCCCACUCAGGAACCUGUAAAAAUGAAGGAAUACUUUGUGGAUCCACUGCCCUAGUCUAUGGAGAACUACUCUGCCAUUUUUACAAACAUAUAAACCAUAUGGUACUAAUUGCAGCUCAGAUCUAAUGGCAACAAACAGCUGUUCUUCCAACAACUUUUUGUUUCAUUUUUUUUCAAUACUUGCUGUCAAAAAACCGGAUUCAAAGACUGAAAAAGAAAAAAGUUUGAAAACAUCUUUGUAUGUCUUCCGUGUCUUAGCAAAAGUUUGAUCACAACAGUGUAAGCAAUACGUUUGGAAGUUAUGGUCUCAACAAAUGAAAAGCGUUUGAUUCCUCCAGUAUCCUAUUUUUACAUUUCUAAAUUUUUUUAAAACUUACUUGACAAUAUGGGUUCAAGUAGUGACCAGAGGUUUGUUAUUGGCAGUUUUGUUUGAUUCUGUCCAUUACUAACGAGCAGCAGUACUUUCAACAGCUUUCCACUGCCAGUACUUAAGAAAUCCUUCUCCACAGGAACACAAAUACCUUAACUUGAACAGUGCAAGUUACAGUAACCUCAAGUGGGAGUUCACUGGCAUUUUAAAAUAAAAUAUGGUAGAAAAUUUCAGAGUAGAGGCCUAGUUCUUAUGGAUGUACUUUUACCACCAACUGACACCAUUUUUAAAACUCGUCUUUUCCGGAGUUCUGAGACAUUCUCAGGACAUUCCAUUUUUACUACCGCUGAGUGACGGAAGACACCGUUUCUAAAACCUGCACAUUCUGGAGCCAAAUCAGGCUUUAAGUGAAGUUUGUUUUCCUUGGCGUUCUUACAGCUCUUUCCUUGAUCCAUUUAUACAUCGAGGUUAACAGAACAGUCACCAGGUGAGCGCAAUCCCGAGCUGCCAUUUCCCGCACAGAUGUUUCCUUCAUAGGCACACCUAAAUCAUAAGCAUAACUAAACAAUUUCUUACGCUCCUAACAGAGGUCAACGAUGUGGGUCAGGAAGAGUUUGUUUUUCUUACCGGGAUCCUUCUAAAUUUACCUUUUUGUUCUAUUUAAAUGGGCUGAACAGCACCAAGCUGCUCAGAAAGAGGAACAUGCACUCCCUACUUCUUACACAGCCCUGUGAUGGAGUGAUGAACAACCCCUGGCUCAGCCACAAAGGAAUCCUUCAAUGGAAAGUCACCACUCAGACACAGUCCCUGACACGCAGAAUCAAAUACAGUGCACAAACUGUAGAUUGGUUUCAAUCAGUUCUUUAGCAGAUAGAAAGGCAGUUUUGUACUUUUCCAAAAUCAGGAUCCCAAUUACCAAGACUCAGAUUACUUUUCAUCGCCAAAAACAAAUUGCACAUAAAAACAUUGACUUAAUUGAUCUCUUGGUUCGAGCUUGAACAGGAGCACAGAAAAGCACAUGGUAUCGCCUGUUACCUUUGCUAGC